CAAUUAUUUCUCAACUCAAUACACCUAAAACUAGCUAUGAUAAAUAUGCGAACAAGAAGUUGUCUAUUUUAAAGACAGAAUGGGUAAUUCUAUCUAGGAGUUUGCAUCUUCGAAUAUGGCAACAUGCUAUUUCAGUAAUUCUUGUUAAUAUAAAUGUGGAAAUAUUAAAAAUAUUACAAUACAAAUUAUCUAG